GGAGCCCAGCUGAGUUUCAAGAUAUAAAAGCAACUUCGGGUGCCCCCUUUCCAGCCGGGACGUCUUAAAGGGCUCGGAGCCGGGCAGCUCCCCGCGCCGCAGCGCCUGCUUCCCCUUCGCUCCUCUCUGGCCCUCCCUCCUCCCGCCCCCUCGCUCCCUCCCCCAGCGCGCUCCAGCCUCCGAGCUCCAGUAGCUCCGAGACAGCUUUCCAGGAUUAUGGAGUUUCUGAGCGAGAAGUUUGCCCUCAAGAGCCCACCGAGUAAAAACAGUAACUUUUACAUGGGCGCAGGAGGCGCGUUGGAGCACGUUAUGGAGACGCUGGACAAUGAGUCCUUUUACAGCAAAGCGUCGGCGGGCAAAUGCGUGCAGGCCUUCGGGCCCCUGCCCCGCGCCGAGCAUCACGUGCGCCUGGAGAGGACCUCGCCCUGUCAGGACGGCAGCGUGAACUAUGGGAUCACUAAAGUAGAAGGACAGCCUCUUCACACCGAACUAAAUAGAGCUAUGGACAACUGUAACAGUCUCCGGAUGUCUCCCGUGAAAGGGAUGCCAGAGAAGGGAGAACUGGAUGAACUUGGGGAUAAAUGUGACAGCAACGUAUCCAGCAGUAAGAAGCGGAGACACCGAACCACCUUUACCAGCUUGCAGCUGGAGGAGCUGGAAAAGGUCUUUCAGAAAACCCAUUACCCGGAUGUAUAUGUCAGAGAACAGCUUGCUCUGAGGACUGAGCUGACUGAGGCCAGGGUCCAGGUUUGGUUUCAAAAUCGAAGGGCCAAGUGGAGAAAAAGAGAACGUUAUGGCCAAAUCCAGCAAGCUAAAAGCCACUUUGCUGCCACCUAUGACAUAUCAGUUUUGCCAAGGACUGACAGCUAUCCACAGAUUCAGAACAAUCUGUGGGCAGGAAAUGCAAGUGGUGGUUCUGUGGUCACUUCAUGCAUGUUGCCACGUGACACUUCCUCCUGUAUGACACCUUACUCUCACUCGCCUCGGACAGAUUCCAGUUACACAGGGUUUUCAAACCACCAGAACCAGUUCAGCCAUGUGCCCCUCAACAAUUUUUUCACUGACUCUCUUCUUACCGGGGCUACCAAUGGACAUGCAUUUGAAACAAAGCCAGAGUUUGAAAGGAGGUCCUCCAGUAUCGCAGUUCUUCGAAUGAAAGCCAAGGAGCACACUGCCAAUAUUUCAUGGGCCAUGUAACAUACAGUACUCUUUUCUUUUUCUCUUAAUGGCAAAGUAAAACAUUCUUAUUUCUCAUAUUUAAAGGAUACCACAAUAAGCUGCUGUGUGUGGAAUUGCUAAAGGUCAAGAUAUACAGUGAGACCAGCUUAAAUGAAUAGUUGUUAUUAUUUAACAUUAAAAUCUAAGAAUGAACCUCUGAAAAGACUAAAUAGGUUUACCAUGCACCCGUCUCCACAAACUCUGUUUUAGUAGUAAGAUUUUUUUUCUAUUGUACGAGUCAAUGAAAUAUGAUCAUGCAGCUUCUGAAAAGAAUAAAUGUAUUAAACAAA